AUGCUUUCGCGAGGCGGGGGCCUCCCAAAGGACCUGGGUCUCUCUGGGCUACCUGCGGGAUCGCCGUCUCCGUACAAUCUGCCCGGCACACUCAGGUCCUCUGGGAAGAAUCUACUUCAGUCAACCAAAACUCGAUUGACAACUGUUACCCAGAGGACCUCCUCUUCUGCUGCUCCCAGACUGUGGAAUGGCCUGCUAGAGGAAAUUUGUCAACUUGACGUGCUCUGGCCUGUGGUGGCUGUGGAAAUUUUCACCCCCGGAUCCCUGGAAGCUCUGAAUGGGACGGACGUGCGCUUGAAAUGCACCUUCCGCAGCCAUUCCCCCAUCGGGCGGAAGCUGACAGUGUCCUGGAACUUCCAGUCUCAGACAAAGGGCACGAUGGAGACGGUGUUCUACUACAACGAGCAGGCCUACCCGCCAAGCACAGGCCGCUUCGCGGACCGGGUCAUGUGGGAUGGUGAUGCCCACCGGAGUGACGCCUCCAUCGUGAUUGGGAACGUGCGCCCCAGUGACAACGGGACCUUCCAGUGCCACGUGAAGAACCCACCAGAUGUGGAUGGUGCCGCUGGCGAGAUCCAGCUGAGCGUUGUGCUGAAAGUGUCCUUCUCGGAGAUCCAUAUCUUGGCUCUGGCCAUCGGCACCGCCUGUCUCCUGAUGAUCCUGGUCGUGGUCGUGGUCGUGGUCUGCCGCCAUCGGCGGAGGAUACGGGAAGACAAGAAAACGGAGAUGGUGGAGACGGAGCUCCCCGAGAAGAAGAUGCUGAAGGAGGUCCAGGAGGAGGAGGAGGAGAUGCCCCCGCCAGGAGAGGAGGCCUGAGGGGCCCGGUCCACUGCGCCCACCCACCCCCAGUGCCAUCGAUGCCAUGGGAGCUCAAGGCUGGUUCUUCAGAGUUCUGGAUCCGAGACGGCAGGUGACACGAGGCUUCGACGGGCCACCAUUGACCUUCCAAGGCCCUUUUGGCUGUAGCCCUGGGGGGCAGGGGUGGGAAGGCCGCUGGAGAAACGGAGCCCCUGGCGUGCAAAAGGAAGCAAGAAACCUGGCCAGGUUCUUACAUGGACACAUGUAAGCAGUGCGACGGUGGAAUCAGUUACCUAGGGAGGUUGUGGGCUCUCCCACACUGGAGGCAUUCAAGAGGCAGCUGGACAAGCAUCUGUCAGGAAUGCUUUAGGGUGGAUUCCUGCAUUGAGCAGGGGGUUGGACUAGAUGGCCUUGUAGGCCCCUUCCAACUCUGCUAUUCUAUGAUUAUAUGACAUGGGGGUGGGGAUUGCAGAGGGGCUCCUUUAUUGUUGCUUCUGGCCCUUAAAAUAACCACAGCACUUCUAGAACACUGGAUAAGAGACGCCUCCAGCAAAUGCCAUGCAAAGUAAACAGGGGGGCAAUCCUGCAAAUGCUGCCAAGAAAGGGAGGCUGAGCUGGACAGGCUCUUCCUGGAAGCAGGGCCUGUUGUUGCCAGAGACAGAGUCCUGGAGCUGCAAGGGCCACUCCCUCCUCUCCGGGCCCUCCGGCCAGUCUUCCUUUUCAAAGGGGUAGGUGAGGCUACAGGGCCUUCCAACACGUGGCCUCCUUUGCAGCCAUGACGAAGUUGCUCUUCCACCAGCACAAAUACAGCGGUGCCUUCCCCAGUUUCAGAGGAACUCAACCCUUCUGCCCAAACAAUUAUGUAAGAACUUCCCCCUCCACACACACACAGAGCUGAAUUUUCUGGAAGCCUUCUGUGUUGCUCAGCAUCAAAGUCCUUAGUGCUCCAAAUGGGGGAUUUAUGACCAGUAUGUGGAGCAGCUCCAGUAUCUGCAGGAGCACUCAGUAUUUUGACAACUGGAAGGAACUUGGGGGGCGGGGCGGGGAGAGGAAGGUUCCUGGCUUGCAGCAUUUCUGGGCCUUUUACCAGCUGCCCCUCAUUUGUCUGCCUAGUUCCCCAUUUCCAACCCCCCUCCUCCAACAGGAUCAGUACAAUGGUGCGGGAGGGCCUUGCUAGCCGAGCUUGCUCAGAGCACUGGGCCCGGAGCACCCAGAGCAGCUGGCAGGGCAGCACCCCCACUGGAAGCACCUCUUUAUUUUUGUAUUAGCACUCAAAAGCUGCUUUCACUGCCUUUCAUUGACCCAAAACCCCAUGGGUCACACGUGACAUCACAUCUGUAGAGUCUCAAACUUACUAUUAUACUGUAAUUUAUUUUUAAGAGUCUUGUUAACAUUUGUAUGCAAAUAAACUUGAGUUUUGUAAUAAAAA